CAUUUUGAUUUUAUUGUCAUUAUCUAGGAAAAUAUAAGGCCACUUUUGGUAUUCACCAUUCCAGCUCCGCGACGCAAUAAACCCUAGAAAGAGAGACUGUUUCGGCUAUAAAAGGAGCAAAUAGCAGUGUCGCCUUCAUCGCAUUGCUCUUUUGUCUGAGGAAAGCUCUCGAGUUUUUUGGCCAUACAAUGGUAGAAGGAGUUAAAGCUGAGGGUACUAUCCCUCUGCAAUGGAGAACCUAUGAGGUGUUGAGCAGAAGAGAUCAUGGUGUUUAUGUGUUUGUCUUGAAUGGAUGAUCAGGGUUGUAAUGCUGAAGACUCACCAAUUGUGUCUCAGCAGCACUCACCAAUUGCGUCUCAGCCCCUGGGAGACUCUGAAUUGAAACCGAAGUAUGGGAUGGAGUUUGAUUCGGAGGAAAAAGCAUAUGAUUUUUAUAAUGCUUAUGGAUACAAGGCUGGAUUCAGCGUAAGAAGAGAGUAUGCUAAUAAGCACCGGACAACAGGACAAAUUACUUCAAGAUUGUUCGUGUGUUGUAAAGAGGGUUACAGAGGAAAAGACAAGAGGGACCAUCGUACUAAGAACCCUAGGGCUGAGACGAGGACUGGUUGUGGUGCAUUGAUGCACGUCAAAUUGGAUAGGAACAAGGGAAAAUUCUGGGUGAACAAGUUUGUUGAAUUGCACAACCAUCCCAUGGUGAAAGAAGAAUGUGCGCAUAUGUUGCCAUCGCAGCGAAGAAUUUUUAAGCCUCUCGUGAUCGAUAGAAUUUUCAAAAAUAAGGCAGUUGAUGUAAAUGAGGGUACUCAGGCAAUUGAUGUAAAUGAAGGUGCUGUACAAGAUUCAUCUGGUGGUGGUAGUGAAGUCGAUUUGGAUCCGAAAUUAGUAAUAGCUCAGCGGUAUAGGCAUCUUUGUCGCAUGUACGAAGAAAUAUGUUUUAUGGCGGCGCAGGAUGAAGAAAUGUAUAAUCUGGUCCUAGACUCGGCAUUGAAGUUGGAAAAAAAGCUUGAAGACGUGAGAAAACGAAAGCAUGAUGCACUUGAAGAUCGAAACUCAUCCUGCCAGUAAGUAUGCUUUUGAUCAAUCUAGUAGCCUACUUGAUGGAGGCUUUUGUUCAUACCCCAGUAAUUGUCAUUGAUCUAGUCUAACAGCAAUGACAAUUUAGUCGACCAGUGAGAGGAAUUAACGGUCCUUAUUUGUAUUUGUUCUAAAUCGGUACUGGGACUGGUAGCCUAUUGUUGCAUAUAUAUACACAUGUACAUGUACAUAUUCAUGUAUUUAAGCAGGUACUUAUUUUAUGGAUUUUGCUUUAUUUAUUUAUUUAUUUAAUAUAAUAAUGGAAACAAUUUUGUAAA